AUGGCGACACAGGAGAGAAACCAAAGUCUAGACGCUGGCAUCUCCACCGUCACGGAACCCGUCACGGAUUCGGAGGCCCUUGCAAAUGGACCCCCUUUAGUCGGCGCUUCGGAGCAAACGACGAUGCCAGUACCCCCAGGAUUUGAUGCCUCCGCAGACGGGCACUCGAAACAUACAACACCACUCCAGGACGACGUCGAAUUGGUACCGGAGAUUACAUUCCUUCUCUCCUCCCGGCACCUUUCCCUGGCGUCGCGCUACUUCAAUACUCAGUUCAAUAGCCCUUGGAGGGAGGCUAUAACCCUCGGACCAGAUGGCCGUUACCAAUUGGAUGCGUCGGACUGGGACGUCGAUGCUCUUCUUCUUUUGAUGCAGAUCAUUCACGCAAAAACAAAAGACAUUCCCCGCCGCAUAGAUCUCGAGACUCUAGCAAAGAUUGCAGUCAUGAUCGACUACUACGAGUGUCACGACGCAAUUGCGUUCUUCUCAAACAUGUGGGUCGAAGCCCUGGAGAAACAGCUUCCAUCUGAGUGCAACCGUGAGCUGGUGCUUUGGCUCUCGAUCUCUGUCAUUCUCCGGCAGGACACUGUGUUCAAGGCCGUCACCAAGACAGCCGUGCAAAAGAGCAAGGGCCCUGUCCCAACGCUCGAGUUGCCCAUCCCGCCAAGUCUCAUUGGUAAGCGACUUCUUUGCCACAACUUCCGUUGCUAA